AUCGCUGCGUCUGCCGGCCACAUAUUGGGGUUUUUUGCUAAAAAUAGAACUAGAUUUUUAUAUUAUCUUCGUCCUUCUCUACAUUAGAACAAUGAUUCUGUGUACUGUGUUUGUGACUUGUGUCUGAUAAAUGAUAGUUUAAUAGUUGGUACUCGGAUUAAAGUUGAUAUUAUUUUUCUUGAUUUAUAGCGGUGUCAGUGUGGUGACAGUUUUUUACCGAACGUACGAAUGUUUAGUUUAAACAUUUAUUAAUCUUGUUCAUCAUGGAUUUAUAUUUUACGCGCUUGUUGUUUUCCUCGCUUGGUGGUAGUUACCUUACUUUGUCAUGUCGAAGAAAAUCGAUCUUUUUAACAUUUUUUUAAAUGAAACCACAGAAAUCAAGUAUUGUUAGUCCACAUGGCAAGUCACAAUUUGUUUAUUAAUAAAAUAAUAAUUUAUCAGUUAGGUAAGAGUUAAAAGUUUUGAUUUGCAAUACUAUCCCUUAAAGAUGCUUCUAGUUUAAAUAGUACAAUAUUUAACAUAGUUACCAAACCGGUAGAACAUUCAUAUGAACUAAGUUCGAUGGGUCCUAAAGAUUUAGGAAACAUAGAAACUGGACCAUUUUAGCCAAAACUUCAAACGUAUCCAAAAAAGUGUUAUGGUUCCCAAAAUCAUGGGUUUUCUACAUCAUACUUUGCUGAAUUUAAUUGGCUGGAAUAUAACAUAGAAACUGACUCAGUUUAUUGUUUUCCUUGUUGGAUUUUUGGUACUAAACCUUCAGAAGAAACAUUUACCUCAAAAGGGUUUAAUAACUGGAAAAAACUUAGUGGGUCUAAAGGUAUUGUCAAAGGUUCAGAAUCAAAAUUGCAACUGUAUUAAAGGAUUUUCAUGUUACAACUACCACUGGUGCAGAUGAUGGAUGUAUUCAAUAUGAGGAUAAUGCCAAAGAAUAUUGGAAAAACAUGCUUUUUAUCCAGUGGUUAAUAGUAUUAUAGUUAACAUGAAACACAAAUUUUUACCAGAAAGUCUAAAACUGGCCAUAUCAAUUGAUAACUUCAUUAAUCUAGACUAUAAACUAGGUGAAAUGUUUGUAAACCAGUAUAAGGCUUUAUUAAAUAUUAAUAAAACUGACUUAAAAUCAGAAAUGUUGGUUGCAAAAAAUUGUUACGACAAUCAAUUGGAAAACAUUAACAAUCAGGAACAUUUAAAGCAGCUGAAGAGUAUUGUUGAAAAAUCUGUUUUCCAAAUUAUACAAAAUGCUACAUUUAACGCUUGCAUUUCCAUCAAGUUCUGCAUGAUGUAAAAGAACAUUCUCAGCAAUGUGUCGAAUAAACACCUACAUAAGGUCGAUUAUGUUACCAAAUCGAUUUUCCAAGUUAGCAAUCAUAGCAAUUAAAAGCAAAAAAAAUUUAAUUGAUUUGUCAAACAUUCUAAACAAAAAAGACAUUUUAAAUAAAUUCACCAAUACUGAACGGAAGGCUUAAGC